AUGGCGGACGACGUCGAGAUCGACUUUGAAAAGAUGAAGCUGUGGGACGCAGACCAAGUGACCUACUACUUUGAAAACGGCGGCGCGGAGCCUCCCGGCGAGUGGACUCCGCCGCCGUGCGUGCCGCUGACGCCGGUGCGAACGCCUGAGGCCUGCAUAUUCAUUGCACACGGAAGCCCGAGCCGCAUCCUCGUGCGAUCCUUACAGGUGGACGACGCAACCUUCAAAAAGUGGUUCCCAAAGUGGAAGCCGCCCGCCGCGACGCCCAAGUUCCGGCUGGUCUGCUUCCACAACGCCGGCUCCGCCGAGUCGAACUACACCGGCAAGGGCUUGCGCAUGCCGAACGACAACCCGUUCGUGGUGGCGUGCAACGAGCGCGGCGGCGAGCUGCUCGCCGUCGAGCUCCCUGGCCGCGAGUCGCGCCGCGCAGAGCCGCGUUACAGAACGCUCAGCGUCGCAGCAGAGGCUCUCUUCCCGGUCCUCGCGCCCAAGCUCAACGAGUCGGUGCCGUACGUGGUGGUUGGCCACUCGAUGGGCACGUGGAUGCUGUUUGAGACGCUCAAGCUGCUUAUGGCGCGCGGGGUGCGGCUGCCCGAGCAGGUUGUUGUCUCCUCCUUCCCUGCGCCGUCGCUGCCUGCGGCGAAGCGGCCGUGGCGCGCAAACAAGGGCAUGGACGACGAUGCGUUCAAGGAGGAGUGCCGCACGUGGUCGGUGGUCUUCUCUGCUGGCAUGUGGACCAAGGGCCCGAACUAUGAGGCGCUGAUGCGCGACGACUUCACGCUCUUCGAUGCGUACGAGUACGCGCCAGCUGUCGCGCCGCAGCUGCCGAUGCCUGUCUCUGCCUACUACGCGCGCGACGACAAGAACGUCAAGGAGAGCCACGUGGCGACGUGGAAGGACAUGACGUGCAAGGAUUUCAGGCUGGAGGAGGUGCCGGGGAACCACCUCUUCUUCUACCAGUAUGACGUGCGCAACAAGUGGAUGGACCGCGUGGUAGAAUCUCUGCCCGACGGCUUUAUGUGA